AUGGUGAAGUUGAAGUUGAGGUUGAUUGAUGCUUCAGUGGCCAGAAGACGCAGACGGAGCGACGAGAGAGUCAAAAAGGGACGCAAGCAGAGCCUUGAGACAGCGCGCGGCAAAGGAAAAACAAUAAUCAGCAGCUUCCGGUGUCUGAGUCCGUCGCGGCGGAGCAAAAAAAAAAAAGGGAAGAAGAAGAACGAAGAAGAAGACGAAGAAGACGAAGACGAAGACGAAGAAUUACGGGGACGAACCAGAGUUGACAGGCCUGAAGUUCAGCUGGGCGGGCUUCCUUCGCCUUGUCUCCGAACAGCGCUGUUUGACCUCGGGCCAUGGCAUGGGGCUUUGUCCGUCCGGCUGGCUGGCUGCGGGCUGGCGGAGUUCUUGAUGCCCGCCAGACAUGGACAGACAGGAGCAAGCACGGAGUACGGAGUAUGGGGAAAGGAAACAAGCAAAAUAAGGGCGAAAGGGCCUCCGCGAACUCGAAUCAGGGGUGGUGCCGCGCCAGGGAUCAUGGUCAUGCAUGCGUCUGGCUAA